AUGAUAUAUGGUAAAGAAGGUAUUCCUCCUGAUCAACAAACACCUUAUUUUUCUGAUGAGCAAUUAGAAUAUGGAUGUACUUUAAAUGAUUAUACUCAUGUUGGUAUUGCUUGUAAUUGUUGUGAUAAAAAAGAAUGGAAAGGAGCAAGCUACUCAGAUGAAGCUGUACAAUUAUUAAGACGUGCUUCACAACUUUAUAAAGAUUUUUGUGUGCUGGCUGAUACAAUGGAUGAUAAUAGUUUUUUGAAAUUAUAUUUGCCUUGGCCAUUCCGAUUUUCUAUAACUUUAGAUGGUAUUUUUAAACUUGUUGAAAUGCCAAAAGAAGCACACAGAUCUAAAACGUUGUCGUCUUCGUCAUCAAAGAAAAUCGUUUGGCAAGAUUCAGAUGAUGAAAACAUUACUGUUUCUUUGAAAAAUCAAAGUAAAAUUCGUAAAUUACGUGAAACUGAAGAAGAGGAUUUGAUAUCGGGUGCUCAAUAUGAAAUGCGAUUAAGAAAUCAGUUUGAGAAACUUAAUCCAACACCUAAUUGGGCAACUCUUCCUUCAAAAAUUUCCUCUGAUAAAAAUAAAAAAAUAAAACUUUUUCAUCCUAAUGCACAAGUAUUGAUGACGGCAGGUUUAGACAAGACAAUUAGAUUGUUUCAGAUUGAUGGUAAAAUAAAUCCCAAAAUUCAAUCAACAAUGUUUAAAGAUUUACCAAUAUUUAAUGCAGCCUUUAAUCCAAGUGGUGAAGAUAUUGUAGUAACAGGUAGAAAAAAACACUAUUAUAUUUAUAAUAUUGAAAGUGAUGUGAUUGAAAGACCUAGAGAUAUUCAUGGAUUUAAAGAUAAAUCACUUGAGAAUUUUUCAAUAUCACCAUGUGGAAAAUAUAUUGCAUUUGCCGGAAAGAAUGGAUACAUAGCAUUGAUAAGUUAUAAGACAAAACAAUGGAUUACCAGUUUGAAAGUGAAUGGUUUAGUAAAGUCAAUUGAUUGGUCUAGUAAUGGUCAAUAUUUAUUUUCUCUUAGCAGUGAUGCUGAAAUUUAUCAAUGGGAUGUUGGUAUGAGAAAAUGUAUUUAUCGUUUUUUGGAUUAUGGAGGUUUUAAACCUACAAGAAUAUCCAUAUCAAAAAAUGAUUGUUAUUAUUCUAUUGGAUCAAAUACUGGUGUUGUAAACAUUUAUGACAAAUCAUGUUUAACCAUUAAAGAACCAAAACCUUUGAAAUCUUUUAUGAAUUUGACAACUUGUAUCCACGAUAUGAAAUUUAAUCAUGAUACACAAAUAUUAGGGAUUUCUAAUACAACGUUUUUGGAUGAUGUUUUAUCUGUUGAAACAGAUUUUACUAGGAAAUUAAAUCUACUUAAAGCUAGCCUUAAGAAAAAGAAUAAUAGCAAUAAACCUGAAUCUACUACAUAA